CUUAAAGCCACAUAGGGGAGAUGGUAAACAUGUAGAAGAAGACCCAAGUGCUUUGGUCAGAUUAAGUUAAAAACUCAGAUUUUUGUGCCUACCCUAUGUUUGGAGGGAGACCAAGGCUGCAAAUUACUGCAGAACACCAUGCUGUGAGGAGGCUUUUGUUCGGCUGUAAUUGAGAAGCUGAUCAGAGAUGAUGGGAAGAUGGAUGGAGCUAAACAAAAACGGGCAAUCCUGCAAGAAAGCCUGUUGGAGGGAGGAAAAGACUUGAGACUGUGGAGGAGGUUCAGCUUCCAGCAGGUUAGCAGCCCUCAAGCUGCAGCCAGAGCCAGGGUGGAAGGCUUUACAUCAAUGCAUAUUUGUGUGAUAAAGUGGCCUAGUCAAAGGCCAGAACUAAAGCAAGUUGAAAAUCUGUUGCAAUACUUGAAAACUGAUGUUGACAGAUAUACAUGUAGUCUAGCUGAGCUUCAGCUACCGUGUCAAGAUAAAUGAGGGAAACCAUGCAUCCCUUCACAGGUUUGCAAAAUCCAAACACAAUAGACUGAAGUUUGUGGGUGUUAUGUAGCAACAUGUAGACAGGCUGUAGGUGUAGAAAUGUGCUGUGAAGGAUGAAGGCACUCUAUGAUAUCCAGUGCAGUGAAACGUAAUGCUCCUUUUGGAGUGCCGGAGAGUUUAAAUGGGACGUCUCUGGGACUUUAACAAACUUGAGCGUAUCAGUUUUCCUGCAGUCCCCCCUCAGUUUGGUAGGAGUUGUCCCGUCGUAAAUGUAAACCUUGGAAUACCUUCGUUUACGACUGGACCGGCCUCCACGCUUCUCUCCAAACAGCUUCGCUCCUGAUUUAUUACCUGCGCUUAACGCUUAACCUUCAGAUUAGGUCUCAGUCUGUGGACGCCCCCCUCUGUCCAGGUCCCCCCUCGCCUUUAGCGCAAUACCAAGAUGUGCCAGCGCAGGUUUAGACAGUGAUAUAACCAGAAACAUCUGUGAGUGCUGAAGCCGGGGGCCAGGGAGCCGGACUCCCCACACAACACAAGGGCAGCAGUCCAUUAGAGCAGAAUGCUAACAUUUGGCCUGGCUCUGGGAAAUCUCAGAACACUGUCAGAGUCCACGUGGCGGCGGCCGGGCCCGCCCGACCCGGAGCGACCAGCUCCUACGUCCCAGGAGGUAAACACUGCUCAAAGAAAAGCACGGGAAGAUAAGAGAUAAACCUGGUUUGGAUUAAUGCUGUGUGAUGUUUUUUUUUUUGUUUUUUUUUAAGGCUUGGCAGGGUCUAAUCAUCUGAGAGGCCGCUGGCAGGGUGGCCUGCCUUCUGUCUCUUUUGUGCCAGUUACUGUGAUAACUUGCCUCCAAUAAAAACACGCAUUUAAUCAAAGAGCUUUAAGAGAAGCUGGGAAGUGUCGGUGGAUCCAGUCUAACGUCUUCCUUUGUGUGUCCACAAGUGUUCAGAUGGCUUGAAUGGACCAUGGUCCUCUCCUCCUGACUGCAAAAGAUACCUUCAGGGAAGAGGAAGAGGGAAGGAUACUUCUUCUCCAGAGGAUCCCUGAAGGUUUAACAUGGGAUGAGCUUGCCUUCAGGGAGUUAAGCUGCAUCCUGGUGCAUCCUGACUGAGACCCCGGACCAGACCCCGAACCCCGGAGGGCAGGGGUGUCGACCAGGAGAAAAAUGCGAUGCACCACCCUCACCACCUUGCUGACGGGGGUCAUGCUGUACCUGGGCAUGGGAGCGCUCGUUUUUGUCACCCUGGAGACCCCAAAGGAGAGCGAGGCGCAUGUAAAUCUGCUCAAAGCCAAACAGGAGUUCCUGAUUAAUAACUCCUGCGUCACUGAGGUUGAUUUCAACGAGCUUGUAAAGAAGCUGGGCUCUGCUAUUGAAGCAGGUCUGGAUAUAAGCAGCCUGCCUGCCAACCUGACCAGCCGCUGGGACAUGGGCUCCGCUUUCUUCUUCUGUGGUACCAUCAUCACCACAAUAGGCUUUGGGAAUCUGUCACCUCGGACGUGGUUCGGACAGUUGUUCUGCGUGUGCUACGCUCUGGUGGGGAUCCCCAUGUUUGGUAUCCUGCUCGCUGGAGUGGGUGAUCACAUGGGCACGGUGCUGCGGAGAGCUGUGGCCAAGAUUGAGAAGCUCUUUUUGAAACGUAAGAUCAGACCCACAACUGUGCGCGUGAUGUCAGCAGUUCUCUCCAUCCUCAUUGGCUGCUUGAUCUUCCUCGCCGUCCCAACGGUCGUGUUUCAGAAAGUGGAGAAGUGGUCGUUUCUGGAGUCGCUGUAUUUCGUGGUCAUCACCCUUACCACCGUUGGAUUUGGAGACUACGUACCAGCUGGAGGUUAUGAAGGCGGGACGAUCUUCAAGCCUCUGGUGUUGUUGUGGAUAGUGUUCGGUCUGGCCUACUUUGCCUCCAUCCUCACCAUGAUAGGCAACUGGCUGAGGGUGCUGUCCAAGAGGACGCGCGCUGAGGUGAGAGAUUUCAAGAUGGAGGAGCUGAGGGCCCACGCAACAGACUGGACCCAGAACAUGGACUUCCGCAUCCCAAACCCGCUGGAAUUCAACGACCCGUUCCUUCUGCAGCGCCGGCGUUGGAAACGCAGCGAGCGCCGCCGCAUCCGCCGCGGCGCGCACGGCACCUUGGGAUACUGGGCCCGAGGCGGCUCUGAGAACGGACACCUGCCAAACCGCUGGGCCGGCCUCUCCAGCUCCCUGUGUCAGCUGGAAGGCCAGUCGUCUUUGGAGAGGGCUGCGGUUUCCAGGCCCAGGCCACGAGGGAGCGCAGCUGGAGAGGCGGCGGCCCCAAAAGCAGCGGCGCCGGGGAGCAGGACAGCUGCCGCAGCUGGUGUUCAGGGACAGGGAAGGGCUUUUCACCAGGUUCUGGGCCGAUCGUUCUCCCUCCCCGUGGCCCGGUCCACCUUAGAGCUGGACUCCGCAGACGCAGCCAUGCAGGACGGCUCCCUCUCUGGGUCUGAGUCCGCGUUCGACUCCAGGACAGACGGCUCAUCCGUGUCUUUGUCGUUCUCACUUUUCCACGGUUUCCAUCUCUCCCGUCCCUUCAGCGGCACGGAGGAGGGGGACGCGAGAGGCACACAAACGAUCCCAGAACGUGACAGAGACCAGACAGUUUCACAGAAAUCAGAAUCUGAACGAAGCAGUGGUUGCGAUCAGACCCCAGCUGAACGUUUCCCCUGUCGCUCCCCCCCUCACACGCCUGAAAUACAUCCUCCCUCCCCUCAGGACACCGCUGCCUCCUCGCCCGACUGCCAGCUGCUGGAUUUCUUCGGAGAGAACCUGGCCUACAUCGACGAGUCCUCGGACACGUUGAGCGACCUCGCCGAGCCGACGGCAGCCAAGGAGAAAAAGAGACGUCCACGCAAGCCCAAGCGUCGGAGCGUGAAGAAAGGAUUGUCACACAGGUGGAGCCCCAUGCAGCCGAGGAGGCCCAGCCUGCAGCCACCGUCUAACCCCCCGACACCGCCUCCAGACUGUUCUCCAUCAGAGAUCCAGACAGACUCGGCUCCUGGCCUAUGAUGACCCCAGCGCCCGCAGCAUCACUGCCAAAGUACGCGUGACGAAACGUGACGCCUUGCCACGCUGUGUCUUAAAUCUUGAUUUUUCUAGUAGUUCAUGAAUGAAGUCAGCUCCCAAGUUCUGCUUUACGUCUUUGCCAAACACCGGACGGACUGACUCUGCUGUUCCCGGCUGGCACGUUUUAAUUUAUGGGUUGAUUCAUGUUUAUGUCUGAUGCCAAAUGUCACAUCUAGGACUAAAUUAAAAGCAGACCAAACUCCUUGUCAACAGAGGCUCAUAUUUCAAGUUGCACCUUCAUCCAUAUACCAUCAGAUCCAGUGGUUGUGAAAUUCUAGCUCUGUAAACACGAAGGUUUCCACUUUACUGAAAAAUACAUGAAAUAAUAAUAAUAAUCAUAUUAAUAAUAAUAAUGAUAAUAAUACAGCAUUUUUUUUACAUUUCCAGGUUAUUUUUUUCAUCCGUUGUUUGUUUGUUUGUACAAAGUAUGAGGUUUAAUUUUUCACUCUGAUGUUAACCUUUGCAAAGCAGGGGAAAAACACACAGGGAGGUCCACGACACACAUCUGAAAAAUCCAACAUGGCUGCCACACUUGUCGAAAUGACAGCUGCAGUAAUAAACUGUUUAUUUGCACUUGACAGUUUGUAUCCCAUUAAAUCUUAAACAC